CCGUGGGUUUGUUGCAACGUGGUUGUUCGGUAGGUGCAGAAAAUUAUUUCAGGAUAUUGUCUCUCAAGAAAUGGACUGGGAUCAGCUUGACAUGAACCCUAGAGUGAUUGCAGCUCUUAAGAAAGCAAACAUCAAAUCAAUCCAAGAGAUUUUCAAUUUUUCGGGACCAGAUUUGCAAAGGCUGACAAAACUGUCCAGUGCAGAUGUACAUUACUUGCUAAGGACAAUUUCUGGUGCACUGAGAAAAAACACUGCCCUCACAGCACUUCAGCUAUUCCAAGACAAAAAUCACAGCAAUACACAACACCAGAGGUUAAGCCUGGGCUGUCCGGUUCUAGAUGGCUUGCUUCGAGGUGGCAUCCCCCUUACAGGAAUUACUGAAAUUGCUGGCGAGAGCUCAGCAGGGAAGACCCAAAUUGGUUUGCAGCUGUGCCUUUCUGUGCAAUAUCCCUACAACUACGGUGGACUAGAAUCUGGUGCUGCUUACAUUUGUACAGAAGACGUUUUCCCAAAUAAGCGCCUGCAGCAACUGAUUGAGCAGCAGCCCAGACUGAGGGGUGACGUUCCCCCUGACGUGGUGCAGAAGAUAAAAUUUGGAAAUGGCAUUUUUGUUGAGCAUGCAGCAGACCUGGACACUUUCCAGGAGUGCAUUACGAGGAAGAUUCACGUGCUGCUCUCGAGAGGCAUGGCGCGCCUGGUCGUCGUCGAUUCCAUUGCUGCCUUAUUCAGAUGUGAAUUUGGCGUGAAGGAUUCUGUCCUGAAAGCCAAAUAUUUGCAGAUGUUCGGCGCCAAACUUCACAGAUUAAGCAGCAAGUUUCGGAUCCCAGUAGUCUGCAUUAAUCAGGUAACGGACAGAAUGGAUGUGAGAGGGGGUGCUGAUCAAAGUAAUUCUGGCUGCACAACGAAGAGUGUUGCUCCAGCCCUUGGAAUAAUGUGGUCCAAUCAACUGUUGAUGAGACUGAUGGUAAGUCGCACAAUUUGCCAAGAACAGGCUGCAUCACACCACAGCGGAAGUGUCCUGCGGACAAUGAGGGUUAUUUUUGCUCCUCACCUGCCCCAGUCAUUUUGCCACUACACAGUGAACUUAGAAGGUGUGAAAGGCAUAAAGGAGGAGACUCCAACAUGAGUUUGAAGAAGCCUGUGAAGCAACAAGUCCUCUGCUCCUUAUAAAAAUAGGAGAGGCAUCAUUAAACAGAAUAAACCUGAAAUGACUUGUGCCACAACAACUCUCCCUUAUAACUACUAUCUCUCCAACUGCAUCAAGUGUAGUGGAAUCAGUGGCAAACCUCCCAUCGUAUUAGUCAAUCUGGAUUGCAUCCCUGGAGAAAAGUUGCAAAAUGCCAGUGGACAAUAGGUUGAAGUCCAACACAGGUGAUGAAAGCAGAACAGCAUAAAUAAGCAUAGCGGAAGAUUAGUGCAGUUUUACAGUGACUGCAGAGCUGUUCUAAGUUUCAAACAAAUAGGUUAUACCAGUGCUGUGCCAGUAAUCAGAAUCCUCCAGAGAGCUAACUUAUUAAUA